CACCAUCUUCUAAACUUCAAUUCCCUUUUCACCUUCUCCUUGCCUAGCUUCCCUAAGAUUCUGCUGUUCUCAUUCUUCAUUGGCUUUCUUGUUUGUAUUUUUUUUUCCCCACUGCUCUAGAGUUCAAAAUCUUCAGGGAAACGAAGCUGCUGUAUAAUUAUGUGUUGAUUCCAUUUUGGGGACUGAUCACAUGCAACAUUUCUACCUCUUAAUGUUUCUGAUUCAUGCAGCAUACCCUAAGUGAAGUCCUUCUGUCCUGGUUUGUGAUAAAGUUCACCCUUCUGCGUAUGAGUCAUCUUGCUCAAUCCUUCUCUGUAGUUUUUCUCUACUGGUUCUAUGUUUUUCACGAUUUCUUGUGUUGAGAAGUGAGUGUUAGCUGGAGCCUUUUUUCCAUCUUCGCAAAGAUAUUGGCUUCUUCGUAUUUUCGUCAACUAAGUAGCUAAGCUGUAGCCUCACCGAAUUCUAGUCGACAAAAGCAACUUAUUUUUCCUCUGCUUGUUCUGAUGGCUUCUUCUAGUGGAACUUCUUCCGGAUCCAGCCUAUUGCACAACUCGGGUUCGGAAGAGGACUUGCAGGCUUUGCUGGAUCAGAAGAAACGGAAGAGGAUGAUAUCGAACCGCGAAUCGGCUAGGCGAUCGAGGAUGCGCAAGCAGAAGCAGUUGGAUGAUCUGAUGGCGCAGGUGAGUCAGUUGAGGAAGGAGAGCAGCCAUGCGCUGUCCGUGCUGAACCUCAUCGCGCAGCGCAGAUCUGGCGUGGAGGCUGAGAAUUCCGUGCUGAGAGCUCAGGCGAUGGAACUGAGCAACAGACUACAGGCCCUCAAUGAGAUUCUUAACAAUCUCAAGAGCAGCAGCAGCAGCAACAGUUUUCAUCCACGCCCUGAAGUUUUUCAGGCUCAGUUCACUGAUAACCUCAUCAGUCCAUGGAACUUCAGCUGCACGAAUCAACCCAUCACGGCUUCAGAAGAAAUCAUGUUCCAGUGAUGAAAGACGAGGUCAAAUUUCUAGCUUUGGUAGUACUUCUUGUUCAAUAUUCUAUGUAAUAAUUGUUCCUAAUAUGUUUAAGCAAUCGGGGCCUUCCAUAAGCUUGUUUGUGAAGGGCGAUUAGGCUCCUGUCAAUGGUUUGUGAUGAGGAAAGAUCAGGUUUGCGUGAA